GUUGUUGUUCCCGACAGGUGGAUGUGGCUCCCCUAGCGUCGCCCAGGACCAAUGAUCGUGAAGAAUGUUGUUGAGUGGGCGUGGCAUCGUGUGGGCGGUCUGGGUGAUCGUCCUAGUCAGUGCAGUGACCCACCUGGGAGGUGGCGGCAACACGCUCUCAGGAGAUGAUAUUAUGACUCCCAAUAAUAUAAUGAGGACGAAUUACUGUGACUGUCUGUUAAAAGCCUGUCCUCCUCUCCUCUUACAGGAUAGCGACGACAGAAAGGAGCAGGUCCUACAGGAGGUGUCACAGAUGACCUCAGGAAGCCUCGGCACCACCUGCAUGGCUCCACCCUUCUACAGGUUCGCCUGGGCUCCCCUGCAGGUCCCUUCGACUUGGCCCAGACAGAAGGCUGACCUCUUAGUGCAGAUCCUCAGGGGCAAGGAGGGACCUCAGCAUGAUGGAAGUUCCACUGCCAAGGAAGUCAUCACAAGUCAGGGGUCAUCACAGGUCACCAUGGGUCAUCACAGGUCACCAGGGGUCAUCACACGUCACGGGGUCAUCACACAUCAUCAGGGGUCAUCACAGCACUCAGAGUUAUUGGAGCUGAUGAUGGUAAACUUACUUGAGUCGGAAGAGGUGAUAAGCGCCGCCCGGGUGUUGUUGUUGGAGCAGCUCACCCACGCCCGCCUCAGCCUCACCUCCGCCCACCGCCCACUCUCACACUACGCCCCUACUGAGCCCACCCCCAAGGCCAACACCACCACGCCCAAGCUGUCAGAGGUCGCCAAUCAGCCGUGGUUCAAGGACGCCUCCAACACCACCAACUUCCAGAACGAGAGUGUGUCGGGCUCCUUGGGCUGGUGGACCUACCCGUACUUCCAGUGUCGGAACAAACGCUGGCUCCUCUCCUACACCGUCCCCAUCUCCCACCACCGACCGGCCACGCCCUCUACAACCUCCUCGGGUCUUAGUGACCUAGGGAUGCUGAGCUUGGAUAUAGACGUGACCUCGCUUGACAUCAAUCAGUGUGACCCCCAGGAUGACCUCCAGCACCAGCAGAAGGUCACGCCAGACACCCACCUCACCUACUUCCUUGGUACUCAUAAGUGCCAUAGGAAUUCUUCACAGUGUGUGUUUACUCCUGGUCACGGCUGGGUGCAGGGGCGGCUACAAGUGCAGUGUAGAACAGUUAUUACGUCAGGAACAAGACCUAAUGAAGUUGCUUCGGGUGUGAAAACGAUGAACCCUGCAGCCCACUACAACUGGCCCUUCAGGCUGGCGCUCCUCACCAUCUCCUCGCUGUGUGUGGUGUUCACCUUCGUGCUGAUGGGUCUGGUGUACCACUACCGUAGCGUCAAGGUGUUCCGUCUCGCCUCCCCGACCUUCCUCUGCAUCUGUCUCAUCGGCUGUGCUAUCAUGUACCUUGAGAUGGCUGCCAUUUUCCCUGUGCUGGACAUGUACUCUUGUGUGGCAACCAAGUGGACCAGACACCUAGGGUUCUGCAUCACCUUCUCUUCCUUACUCAUGAAGACCUGGAGGGUGUCGCUGACGUAUCGAGUGACGUCAGCGCACAAGAUCAAGCUGACGGACAAGCAGUUGUUACAGUGGCUGACACCCGUCCUGCUGAUCGUGUUGGUGUACCUGGCCACGUGGACCCUGAGUGCCACCCCUGGCACCGGUUUCUUUGACUACAACAACCUUAAGUUCAGACAGUGCCGCUACGAUUGGUGGGAUCAUUCGUUUUCGUCAGGUGAAAUGCUCUUCCUGAUAUGGGGGGUCAAGGUGUGCUUCAGCGUGCGCAAGGCUGAGAGCUUCUUCAACGAGGCAAAGUACAUCUCGUGGGCCGUCUACAACAUCGCUGUGGUCAACAUUGUGAUGGUGACCUUCCACUUGUUGAUCUUACCCAAGGCUGGACCGGACGUCAAGUACCUGUUUGGCUUCCUGAGGACACAGUUUAGCACCUCGACCACCGUCCUGCUCAUCUUUGGCCCCAAGUUCUACCGCAUCGUGCAGGGGACAGGCGACCAGUAUGACAACAGAGCGCGGGCCAAGGUGUGGACGGCCAGCUUCUCCCUUAACGGUCUGGGUGUGAUGAACGAAGAGCCUGCUGACCUCUCCCAGGAGAAUGAGGAGUUGAAGGAGGAGAUCCAGAAGCUGGCGGCCCAGAUGGAGUUUGUGAAGAUCGUGCAUAUGGAGAUGAACAACCGUCACCUCAAACCCAAGCCUGGUGGUUAUUUCAGCGACAAGAAUCCGGUGAUGAACACAGCCCAGUCGCCAGGAUCUAAGACCAUCCAGCCGCCAGUCCCGACCUCCAAGGUGUCGGAGACGAGCAACGAGAACUCGUCAGCCAGGCUCUCCCCGGCGGCCUGCGCCUCUGAGAGAGUCUGACUAGUUGCUCAGAGUGAAGAGGUAUGGUUGUGAGCACUGAGCAGUGUCGAUGCCCAAGAUAAUCAGUCUAUUUUAUACCCGACUCGAAAUUGGUGAUAUUAAUUCGAAUCUACAUAAAAAGAGAAUGUGAGUACGCGCACGGUGGGGUGAAGCAUAUACUGUAUAGAGACAAAAACUUAAAAGUUUUUAUAUUAAAUCAUAUUUGAAGUUCAAUGGAAAUAAUGAUAUAUAAUUGUCAUAGCAAAGCGAAUGAUGACGCAAGAGUACAAUACAACGUGUGGGUGAACAGCUGACGUUGAUUCACAUGACGAAUGGCAGAGGAUGAGACAGUCCCGUGUGAAGGCGUGUUUAUUUUUGUUCUUAUUGAACCCCAUAAAGGAAAGUGGAGUUGUAAGUGAAGCAGUAGAGACUUGAUGAACACUUCACUACCUCUUGAGAAGUUCAAUAUGGAGCCUUUGCCAUUAUAAAGUAUUGUUACGAGCUUCUCAGUCACUGCAUCAUUAAAUUUAUGAAAAAUAUUAU